AUGGAUGAUGAAGAUUUAUAUGAUGAAUUUGGUAAUUAUAUAGGUGAUUCAUUAGAUUCAUCUGAUAAUGAUGAUGAUGAUUUAUCAUCAUUUCAUCCACCAUCAAUAAAUGAUAAUGAAUAUCUGGAAGAAGAAGAACAUGAGGAAGAAGAAGAUGAGGAAGACAAUAAUAACACUGCAUUGAUUAAAAGUAAUAUAGCUACCAAUCAAGGAGAAACUAUUUAUAUUCAAUCACAAACUCAAUCACUUUCUAAUCAACCAAUAAUUCAACCCAUUUAUGAAAAAAAAAUGAAACUUGAAUAUACUACACAAAGUUCAACAAAUAGUAAUGGUGAUGAAUUCCCAGAAUUAACUUAUUCACGAGAUUAUUUAAUUUCUUUAUUAAAUCAAUGCCCAGAAAGAAUUCGUAAUAUUUCUAUUAUUGGAGAUUUUCAAUGUGGUAAAACAACUUUACUUGAUCAAUUAAUAAUGUUUACUCAUCCAACAAUUUCUAAUAAUACUAGCAAUACGAGAUAUUUAGAUAAUCAUAAAUUAGAAAUUGAACGAGAAUUAACUAUAAAAUCAUCACCAAUAACAUUAUUAUUAUCAGAUCUGAAAUCUCGAUCACAAAUUUUCAAUUUAAUAGAUACACCAGGUCAUAUUGAUUUUGAAGAUGAAAUAUUAUCAGCAUUAAAUAUUACUGAUGGAGUUAUAUUAAUUAUUGAUGCUAUAUUAGGUUUAACUCCACAAAAUCAAGAUUUAAUUGAUGAAAUUUUACAACAAGAAUUAUCAAUGAUUAUAAUUAUUAAUAAAUUUGAUAAAUUAAUAUUAGAAUUGAAAUUACCAAUUAAAGAUUGUUAUUAUAAAUUAGUUGGAAUAAUUGAUGAUAUUAAUGAUUAUAUUAAAUCAAAUAAAAAUAAAAAUAAAAACAACAAGACAAAAGAAUAUAAAUUUUCACCAGAUUUAAAUAAUGUUUUAUUUGCAUCAUCAAAAUUUGGAAUUAUAUUUAAUUUAAAAAGUUUUGCUAAAUUAUAUAUUAAUAAACAAAAUUCAUUAAUGAAUAUUAAUGAAUUUAGUCGUCGAUUAUGGGGGGAAAAUUAUUAUGAUCCUGAAAAUCAUAAAUUUAUUCAUCAUAAUAAUAAUAAUAAUAAUAAUAAUAAUAAUAAUGGUAGUUUAAAUCAUCUGUUUAUUUCAUUUAUAUUGGAACCCAUAUAUAAAAUUAUUACUUAUACAAUUACUAAUGAACCAAAUGAUAAACGAUUAUCGAAAUUAUUAUGGGAAAAUUUCCAAAUUUCUUUAUCAAAUAAAUUUGAUUAUAAAAAAAAUGUUGAAGAUUUAUUAAAAUCAGUAUUUCAAACUAUUUUUAAUAAUUAUGAAUCAUUUGUUGAUAGUGUAAUUGAAUGGAUACCAUCAGCAGUAGAGGUAGCGACUAAACAACAACAACCAGAACAACCAGAACAACCAGAACAACAACCAGAAAUAGAUAAUUCAUCAAUUGAUAAGUUGGCUAGAGUGACUAAAUUAAUUGAAUCUAGUGAUGGGAAAUCAUUUAGUUCAUUAGUAAGAAUAUAUAAAGGGAAUUUAACUAUAGGAGAUAAAAUUAAAAUUUAUGGAGAAAAUUAUUAUCAAGAUAAAGAUGAUUAUAAAUUAGAAAUUAUUAAAAAAAUUUAUUUACCUGGAGGACGAUAUAAUUUCCCAAUAAAUCAAGCAAAUUUUGGAAAUAUUGUUUUAAUUGAUGGUAUUGAUUCAAUAAUUAAAAAAGGUACAGCAAUAAUAACAACCAAUAAGACAAUAAAUGAUACAACAAUUAUUAAAAAUUUCUCAUUAUUUAAUUCAUCAAAAUAUAUUAAUAAAUCUAUAUUUAAAGUUGCUAUUGAACCAGAAAUUCCAUCAGAAUUACCAAUUUUAUUAGAAGGAUUAAAAAAAAUUAAUAAAUCAUAUUUAUCAUCAAUUAUUAAUGUUGAAGAAAAUGGUGAACAUAUUAUAUUAACUAAAGGUGAAUUAUCUAUGGAUUGUAUAUUACAUGAUUUAAGAUUUUUUUAUUGUGAUGAUUUACAAAUUAAAGUUAGUGAUCCAAUGAUAAAAUUUUCUGAAACUUGUAUUGAAAAUGGAUAUACCAAAACAAAGGCAACAACAAAAACGGUUAGUGAAAAUGAUUUAUUACUGAUAACUAUUAUUGUUGAACCAAUUAAUGAUAUUAAAUUAAGUCAUGAUAUUGAAAUUGGGAAAUUAAAUCUUGAUAUGGAUUUUAAACAAUUAAAUAAAUUUUUGAAAUUAGAAUAUGGUUGGGAUUCAUUAAAAUCAAAAUCUUUAUGGUCAAUUGGAUCAAUUAAUGAUUUAAAAAAUCCAACUAUUUUAUUAAAUGAUAUAUUAGAGAAAAAUAACAUCAAUAUUGAAUCAAUUAAAUCAUCAAUAAUUUCUGGAUUUAAAUGGAGUAUUAAUGAAGGUCCAUUAGUUGGAGAUCCAAUUAGAAAUGUUCAAUUUAAAAUCAUUGAUAUAUCUACCACCACCACCACCAACAACAAUAACAACAACAACAGUUCAAUUUCGUCGGCACAAAUUAUUCCAUUAAUGAGAAGAGCUUGUCAUGAUGCAAUUUCUAAUGCAUUACCAAAAUUAAUGGAACCAAUUUAUCAAUUGAAUGUUAUUUGUUCAUAUAAAGCAAUCAAUGUUAUUAAACAUUUAUUAAAUAAUAAUAAUAAUACUAAUAAUAAUAAUAAUAAUAAACGACGUGGUAUAAUUGAUAAAGUGAUACCUAUUCCUGGAACUUUAUUAUUUUUUGUUCAAGGUUAUAUACCAGUAAUUGAUUCAAUAGGGAUUUUAAUUGAUAUUAAAUUAAAUACUCAAGGACAAGCUAUAGGGUCAUUAAAAUUUAAUCACCAUUGGGAAAUUGUUCCUGAUGAAUUAAGUGAAGAAUUUAUAAUUAAAACUAGGAAAAGAAAAGGUAUAUAA